CGGCAGCCGUUUAUCAGGCGUGCUUCACCUAACGUGCACCGGGCUCGAUCGCGCACGCUCACGCCGUGGCUCACCUGCUGCGUGCUACGCUACUGCCCGGCGCCCGCCUACAAAAGCUGCGAGCUCCUGACUACGUUCGUUCGCGGCCUCCCAAUCCCAAGUCCAGUGCAGAACCCGGCGGAUCGCCGGGAUGAGGGCGCCCGUGUUCCUCCUCGUCGCGGUGCUGGUGGGCCUCCUCGCCGGCCGGGCGGUGGCCGACUUCUCGGCGCUGGCGCCGUGCGACGUGAUGCAGCUGAGCCCGUGCGCGAGCGCGUUCGCCGGGAAGGGUUCCCCGACGGCCGCCUGCUGCGGCAGGCUCAAGACCCACGGGUCCAACUGCCUGUGCCGGUACAAGGACGACGCCAACCUGAGGCGCCUCGUCGACACCAGGCACAAGCGGAGGGUGUUCACCGCCUGCAAGGUGCCCGUGCCGAGUUGCUAGCUAGCUAGCUCUCUCCUCCGUCGUCCUGCCCACGGCGCGCGAAUAAAGUUUGAGGUAUAUCGAAUAAAGUUGGGGCUUGCCAAAUCUGUAAUCUGUUUACUUGUUUGAUUGCUUAAUGCUCUUAAUUAGUCGACAUGGCAGAGCUGCGCUUUCAGCUGACAAAGUGAGGUUGCUACGCACUUGGGCUCGGUUGCACACGCUCAUCGGCGCACGGCUCUACUGAACACAGCAUUUCUAGUUUGUUUUCAUCCUUAAAAAAGCACCCAAACCAGACCACCAAACCUUGAGCAC